AGCCAUGCUGCUGAUAAUGCGGUCAAGGUUUAUAGGUAUUAAUGCACAAACUUGUUUUUGGAUAUAACUGCAUUAAUCAUUAAUCUGCAUAAAUUUCCGAUAACAUGGUGUUAUUGCGGCUUCUGAAUUCGUUUUCCUGAACCAUGGAUUACUUAAUUACAGUCAAACCUCGUAACUCUAAACCCGUCAUCACGAAUACAACCGAAGAGAAUUUCUAGCAACAAGCACAACGGAACUGCAACAGACAACACAAUGAACCAAAGCGAGGAUAAAUCGGCUACGUCGAUGAACCUCCUUACGGCACCGGCUGCUCGACAGCAUGGCCAUACCUUUUGGUCGGCUUCGGACCUCAGCGGAGCAGAUAAGAGUGAAGUAGAGCUACUUGUCCCAACCGCGAGCGCUACGUCGAACAAAUCGGCUAACUGGGUUUCUCCGCAAUCGCACAUGCUUUCAUCAAACAGCACCCCGGACAAGCUGCCGCUACCAUACAGCACAUUAUUUGGACACCAAGCCGUUUUGGCUCCCAGCGCUGCAACUUUGACAUCAGAUGCAGUUCCUGCUUCCCUCAACAACGGUGCCAAGUUGCAGAAUCAGAGAAUGGAAUCGAAAGACAAUCUAUCAGUCAGCACUCCCCUGAGCACAUCAGCCAUGAAACUUUUGUCACCAGUGACAUCAUUUGUCAAGCAGCACACGCCGCUGAUGGGCGCACAGGAAAGCAGAAUGGGCAUGCCCCUUGGUGGUCGCCGAGCGAGUUUCCUAGAUGCCCCGCCGGUUAGAUUGGACAGAAAGGCCACAAAAGAGAUCAAAGAAAAAAACAGGGAAUUGCAGAAAGCCGUGGAAAGCACCAAAAUGGUUGUUGCCAGAGCGUCGCAUCAGCUAAAGGAAGCCAAGCAGCUAGAUGAACUGAAAAAGGAACUUGCAAUGACGGAGCAUAUGAUGACGGUUGACGAGUUGUGCGCCAUGAUGGAAGUAGACCCGGAAAUGGGACUGUCUGAAAAGACAGUGGCGCUACGCUUAGUUCGAGACGGACCAAAUGCGCUGCCGCCUAAGAAAGAAACACCUGGUUGGGUGCUUUGGGCCAAGCAGAUGACCGAAGGAUUCUCACUGCUGUUGUGGGUUGGUGGUUUGUUAGCAAUCAUCGCUUAUUUUAUACAGAAUGCCGACCAACCACACACGCCAAUGGACAAUCUAUAUUUAGGUGUCGUCCUAAUUUGCGUUGUCUUCAUUACUGCAACGUUUUCUUAUGCGCAAGAGGCUAAGUCGUCAAGCAUUAUGAAUUCGUUUCUGAAAAUGGCCCCACAGUUUGCUUCAGCGGUUAGAAAUGGCGAGAAGAAAGGAGUGAUUUCCAGUGACCUGGUGGUUGGUGACAUUGUGGAAAUCAAAGCCGGCGACAAGAUACCAGCAGAUAUCCGGAUACUAGAAAACCGGGGAUUAAAGGUUGAUAACGCCAGCCUGACCGGUGAAUCAGAGCCAUUGAGCCGCUCUGUGGAUGGCACAGAUGAAAAUCCUCUAGAAACGCGAAAUCUGGCUUUUUUCUCAACCUAUGCGGUAGAGGGUAGCGCUAUUGGCAUUGUUGUUCGAACCGGAGAAAGAACGAUCAUGGGUCGCAUUGCUAAACUGGCAGCGGCAGUGGAGACUGAUCUUACGCCACUGGCUGUUGAAAUGCAUCGUUUUGUCAAAAUCAUGACAUGUUUGGCAGCUUUUAUGGGCUUGCUGUUCUUCAUCAUCGCGCUGGCACAAGGGCAAAACAUUCUACCAGCCUUUGUCUUUCUGAUCGGGGUUAUUGUUGCCAAUGUACCGGAAGGGAUUCUGCCGGCCACAACGGUUGCUUUAGCAUUAACAGCAAAACGGAUGGCUCGAAUGAACUGCUUAGUAAAAAAUCUGGCUGCUGUGGAAACUUUGGGAUCGACAUCCGUCAUAUGCUCCGACAAAACUGGCACACUUACCCAAAAUCGCAUGACGGUGGCGCAUUUAUGGGUGAAUAAUACCAUAAUCGAAUGUGAUACGACGGAAGAUCAGAGCAAAAAUAUUAAAAUAAAGGUAGAAUCACCCACGAUGAAAGCCGUGCUGCGCUGUCUCACGCUAUGUAACCGCGCAGUCUUCAAACCUGAGCAGAAUUCUGUGAAUAUCAUGAAGCGGGAAACCAUCGGAGACGCAUCAGAGUCCGCUAUGUUAAAAUUCACCCAGAUUCACGUUGGAGAUGUACUAGGAUAUAGGGAGAAAAAUCGCAAAGUCUGCGAGAUCCCAUUCAAUUCGACCAAUAAAUAUCAGAUAUCUAUACACGAAUCAACCGACUACAAUGGCGAACAUCUACUAGUUAUGAAAGGUGCACCUGAACGCAUCAUUGAACGCUGUGAUUUUGUUGAAUUCAACGGCGAAGCAGAACCAAUGAGCUCCGAAUGGAUGAAGUAUUAUGAUGAUACUUAUGAUACCAUAGGCGGAAUGGGCGAACGCAUUAUCGGUUUGGCAGAACUGCGGCUUCUGCCGAAGAAAUAUCCGAGAGGGUUCCAAUUUGAUGCUGAUAAGCCGAACUUUCCAUUGCGAGGACUGCAUUUUCUUGGACUGGUGUGUCUUAUUGAUCCGCCACGUGCAGCCGUUCCAAAUGCCGUUGCCACUUGCCGAGAAGCCGGUGUUCGCGUGAUAAUGGUAACCGGCGAUCAUCCUACGACCGCUAAAGCCAUAGCGCGAACAGUGGGCAUUAUCACUCCGGAAAGCGAAACGGUUGAUGAUAUUGCAAAGCGGUUGAAUGUGUCUAAGCAAAGUGUUGAUCCUAAACUUGCCGAAGCCGUGGUAGUUACCGGCGCUGAGUUAAGGGAUAUGCCGUCAGAGAAACUGGAUUCAAUCUUGCGGACACACCCUGAAAUUGUUUUUGCUCGGACUUCUCCGCAGCAGAAGUUGAUUAUCGUUGAGGGAGUACAACGGAUGGGCUGUAUUGUCGCUGUCACGGGCGAUGGGGUCAACGACUCUCCUGCCUUGCGAAAAGCCGAUAUCGGAAUCGCGAUGGGUAUCACCGGGAGUGAUGUCAGCAAGGACGCAGCCAAAAUGAUAUUGCUGGAUGACAAUUUUGCCUCUGUGGUUACUGGCAUAGAAGAAGGGCGGCUAAUAUUUGACAAUUUGCGGAAAACUAUUGCGUACAUGUUAACAUCAAAUAUACCCGAAAUCAUACCGUUUUUGAUCGCGGAUAUUUGUGGAAUCCCACAAGCAAUCGGCACUGCCGGUAUUUUAUACAUCGACUUGGGUACCGAUAUUCUACCUGCAAUAGCAAUGGCUUAUGAACGCUCGGAGACCGACAUCAUGAAACGUCCACCUCGAGAUCCGCAAAAUGAUAAGAUAAUCAAUAAAAAAGUUAUGGGGCAGGCCUACUUUCAGAUUGGAGUUCUACAGUGUUUGGCUGGCUAUUUGACCUAUUUUGUCGUCUAUGCCGAAAACGGUUUUUUUCCUCGGAAAAUCAUGUACGGCCUUGAUGAGCACUGGUCCAACGAAGCCACUACUGACCUCACUGACUCUUACGGUCAGGAAUGGACAUACUUUCAGCGAAGAGAAUUGGAGCUAACGUGUCAAGGAGCAUUUUUCAUGACUAUCGUUGUGACUCAGUGGGCGAAUCUGAUUAAUUGCAAAUGCCGCAAAAUGUCCAUUUUCCAGAAAGGAAUGAGUAACCAUGUGAUUAAUUUCGCACUGAUAUUCGAAACUAUUCUCGUGGUCAUAUUGUUGUACGUUCCGGGAGUCAACCAUGCUUUACAAAUGCGGCCGGCAAAGAUUCAGUGGUGGACCGUUGGAAUAUUUUUCAAUAUAUUAAUUUUCGGAUGGGACGAAAUCCGUCGAUGGUUUAUUCGUCAUUAUCCUAACGGAUUUUUAUACAGAGAAACUUUUUACUAAGACAACGUUUUCAACAACAACGUUUUCAACAUUGGCAACGUUUCAACAAUAAGUUUGAUAUCAGUGUAAAACACCAUGUUUGUAAAUUUAUCCACUUACUGUAGACUGUAAUGCCAUUGCAAGUGCUGUGCAUUUUCCGUACAACCUUAUCAGUUUGUUGCAGAGUGUUAACUGCUGAUACUGUUAUUAACAGCCGCGAAUGAUGUUAUGUUUUAUUACUAGUGUAAUUUCUCUGUACA